AUGCACUCUAUCACUCUCAACCAGCUCGCCAACAUACACGCUCAUCCAGAUGACCUUGAGGGUUAUCUUGAUGCAUGUGCCGCACACUGUCUAAAUGGUGUCGAUAAACCCUUCUGGCAAGAUUGGUCGUCUGCUUGUACCUCGGUCUUUCUGAUUCUGGAGGCUCUGCACCACUGGCACAAGGAAUUCUUUGACCAUGACUGCCAAUGGUGCAUUGUGGCUGUUGGAGUGCAGGAACUCGAUUUUCAGUUCUCAAUUUUGCAGCUGAUCACAGGCUAUCAUCACUACUCUGGUGGAAUAUUGAAACUCAAGCAAGUCACGGGCAGAGUCCACCGCAAUAUACAGUGUUACAAUUGUUGGUCUCAUCGUCGGUGCAGCCCCUCAUCGAUUUGUGCCCUUAUGGAUGUCCACUACAUGGCACAAUCCCCUUCUCCAGAUGAGAACUUAUUAGCAUCUAUCGACAAAUCCCUUUCGACCUUUCAUGCAAAUAAGGAUGCUAUCAUGACGUUAGGCGCACAGAUGGGUAUGAAAAAGCCAAUCAACAAUUGGUUUAUACCUAAGUUAGAGCUGAUGCAGAGCAUUACUGCCAGCACACGUAAGGUUGGGGCCCUCUUCCAGUGGUCUGCAGACGCCACCAAAAACGCCCAUAUUUGCUGUCAUUUGGAUCGGCAAGAGAAGCUACAGCAGUUUGCAAUUGCUAUGACUUUGAAGAGUCGCGUCCUUGAUCUAGGUAUCAAGGAAUCAUCCAAGGAUGAGGGAGACAAUGAAGAGGUUGAUGAGCACGAAGAACUGUCUACCGAUUCACGAAUUGCGCUUUUAGAGCAGUUCAACUGCACCCGUAUCACCACUAAAUACUUCAGCAAAGCUAAGACAAGCGCUUACUGGUUCGCUUGCAGGAAGUUUCCAUUCACGAUCCCAGCACUGUCCUUACCAGCACAGACCUUGCAUGCCUCCCCUCUGGGUCCUGGGUGGCCGAAAGGCCGGAGAGACGCUGUCCUUAUUAAUGUUGACAAAGAGUAUGAAUGGCCUCAGUCAGGAUUAAAUGGUCAUGCCGUCUGUGAGUUACGGGAUAUCAAAACAAUCCAAUACGACAAAACUGGACCACCUGCAUACUCCAAUGGUGAAUGGAAAUUUCACUGCAAGAGGAAACAAGCCAAGCGUACUUGUGGUGCAACACCUGUUAUUGAAUCAGAGGACGACAGUGCAGAGGAUGAUGAAACAGAGGAUGGUCGUACAGAUGUUGAUGAAACAGGGGUCAAGGAUACUGGUGCAUUGAUGGGGGCUUCUCUUGAAUCCAUGAUCCCUGGCCAAUCUGAACAAGAAACAUGGGGCUCCCAAGAGUAUCAGCCUGGGUCGAAGAAAAGAUGCAGGCAGCAGCAUGUUACAACUGAAAAAGAAUUUCAACGCCUCUUCUAUACCAUCCAGUAUCAUCUACACCACAAAUUGAAAACUCACCUCCCGUUCAACAUCCCGGUGAAGAUGAGGAAUCAUGAGGGAUCUCGGUACUGGUCUGCAGAGUUCACCACCUCUCCAAUACCCGACACAUACAAUUGCCAGAAGCCCAAAAUAGCCCUGUUCGACUUCGCGCUGAAGGACAUGAAGAAAACAUGGGCAGACGUCCUAUCCUUUGUGGAGCACACCUCCAGCAAUCUUGCCAAAAAGCGAGACAUACCAGUGUUCUGGGGCUCUAUGAUUAAAGCCUACCUUAUUAUGAGAGAACAACCAUGGCGUUGA